AUGCGGUGCAGCAUUCUGGCUUUGGUUGUGGGAGCUGUGGCAGUCAAGGGUGAGGAUCUGCACCAAGAAAUCGAAGAGCUCAAGGCCCAGCUCGCCGCGCAGCAAGAGCUCUACGAGGAGAGCAAGUUGAUCAUCGCCGAGUUGCGCGGAGAUGUCUCACGCCAGCUGCAGACCAGCGGUUGGGUCACCCGAACGGAGUUCAAUGCCGCAGUGGCCGCUCUUCAGAGCACUGACUACAGCUUGGGUGGUGCUAUGGAUUCUGCUUGGCUGUGCCUCUGUGGGGCCCUUGUCAUGUUCAUGCAUGCAGGGUUCGCAAUGUUGGAGACAGGAAGCUGCCGCGUGAAGAACGCCUCAAACGUUCUGAUGAAGAACUUGGUGAACGUAUGCGUCGGCACGCUGGGAUGGUGGGUCUUCGGCUGGGCCUUUGCCUACGGCAGCCAGGGUACGCCUGCUAACGGCUUCAUCGGGACGGACGGCUUCUUUGGCAUCGGAUUCUACACCAUCGACGCUACCACCGGUGUCAUCUCGCCCCUGGCAUCCUGCGACGCGGACGGAUGCCAGAGCACGAUGCUGAGCUGGUUCUUCCAAUGGGCGUUCUGCACUGCCGGCGCUACCAUCGUGAGUGGCGGCGUGGCUGAGCGAGUGAAGAGCCCCACCUAUGCGGUGUAUGCCUUCUUCAUGGCGAGUUUCAUCUACCCGAUCAUCGUCGCAUGGUCCUGGGGUGGAGGAUUUCUGGCCACAAUCACAUCUGUGGGCUACAUGGACUUUGCUGGCAGCGGAGUUGUGCACUUGACAGGCGGUGUGAGUGCUCUGGCAGGAACUGUUGUGCUCGGCCCGCGGAAAGGACGUUUCGAAAACCCGGAGGAGUUCGAGUGUCACAACUUGCCGCUUGUGGUGCUGGGCACCUUCGCACUCUGGUUUGGCUGGUAUGGCUUCAAUCCCGGCUCCACGUUGGGCAUGCAUGACGGUGCCACAGGGGCUUUGGCAGCUCAGGUAGCCAUGAACACCACCUUGGCGGCUGCCACCGGUGGCAUCACGGUCUUCCUCUUGCGCUAUGCCAUCACCAAGAAGUACGAUGUCGGUGGCCUUUGCAAUGGCAUCCUGGCUGGCCUGGUGUCUAUCACUGCUGGAUGCGGCAAUGUCGAGUGCGGCAGUGCCUUUGCCAUCGGCUUGGUUGGCGCCUUUGUGUACCAGGGCUCGUCCAUGCUCUUGCAGAAGCUGAAGAUCGACGACCCCGUGGAUGCAUCCCCCGUGCACGGCUUCUGUGGCAUUUGGGGCGUGCUAGCGGCCGGCUUCCUCGAUUGGGGCAAGGGCAUUGACCAGUACCACGGUUGGAAGGGAUGGGGCUGCGUGACCGAGGGCACGGCUUGCAAGACCGGGUUGGGUGGAGAUGCCAUCGGCGCACAGUUUGCCCUUAUCGCGAUGGUCAUCUUAUGGUCCGGCUCCCUCUCCACUAUCGCCUUCCUGGUCUUGAAGUUCACCGGUCUCCUCCGCAUCUCUGAGGAGGUGGAGGAGGUGGGGAUCGACUGUAAGAGCCAUUCCCCCGCGAAGGCUUACUCCCUGAGUGCCGAUGAUAAGUCGAUGAAUCCUGUCGUCCCUGUGCAACCCUCCAAGAAUGCCUGGGGGGAAGCAACAGCGUAA